UCCUCGUCUCAGGGACUUGAGGCUGAAUGACUGCACGCUGGCAAAUUGACAGACAGUUGUUUAGCUACAUCGCAGAGCACAGUCAUUCUGGAAUUGUGUUUUCUAAACCGCUGAAGUGAACUUUUUUCCUGAUGCUAAUGCUAGCUUAGCUCAGUCAUGUCUUCCCAGAGCAGCGCUGCUGGAGGGAUCCACGGGCUGCUGCUCAAACUUCAUGAAUCACUCUCGGACGAAGACAGGCGAGGUGCAGCCUUGAAAUGUCACGAUAUUAUCGGUGAUCUGGGACAGGAGUGCAUGCUAACACCGACCGAGAAUGAACUUGCUCUACAGACAUCCUUACUGUUCUCAAAAGACUAUGGACUCCUCAGCUUCCUCAGGAAGUCUCUGCCAUUAGAGGAGCUGCGGGACACCCGAGUUGAGAUUUUAGGUUUUCUGGAGAAGUUUUUGGACAAAGUAUCACCAAGAGUCAAAGGUUGGGAAAAGACCUACGCCACUGACAUAAGAGACAUGUGCAUGACUGUGUACACAAAGGAUAAACUAGCAAAAUGUAGGACUCCAGCGCUAGAGCUGCUUAUUAAGGUUCUCCAAACAACAAAGGCUUCCAGUGUUGUUGCAGACUUUAGAAUCUGUGAAAUAUUUAACAAAUAUUACAGCGAGCUGUGUCAGAAGACCAAAUUAGCAGAUUCAAUUCUUGGUAAAAUCUAUGAGUUGCUGGGAGUUCUUGCAGAGGUUCAUCCCAGUGAGAUGGUAAACAACUCAGACAAACUCUACAAGGCCUAUCUGGGAGAGCUGAAAGAGCAGAUGACUUCUUCAACAAAGGAGCCAAAGCUUAUUGUUGCUGCUGGAUGUUUGACAGGAAUCACUGCCCUCAUGGUCAACUUCACUAAAAGCAUGGAAGAAGACCCGGCAACAUCAAAGGACAUUUUCCAGUAUGCGUUGAAGGCAAUCAGUCCCCAGAUGGAAAUGACUCGUUAUGCUGUCACAUUUGCUGGCCUUCGAUUGUUAGCCAGACAUGCCUCCCAGUUCAGCAGCUGCCUGAUAGACCACUACAGAGCUCUGUUUGAGAUCAUGUCUAAGCUCUGCGGACACAUCAACGCUGAGAUGAAGAAGACGAGUUACUUUGCACUGGAGGCGUUCCUCAAACAGGUUGCUAUGUUGGUGGCUGACAAUAUUGAAGAGCACAAAAGCAAGUUAAAGUUCUUCAUGCAGAAGUUCUGCGGCAUCAUUAAGACCAUGGACUCAACACACAAAGAGCUGUCUAUUGCCAUACGAGGAUAUGGAUUCUUUGCAGCCCCGUGCAAAAAGGUUUGCCCACAAGAUGUGGACUUGAUGUACACAGAGCUGAUUCAGCGCUGUAAGCAGAUGUACCUAACAGAGUCUGACGGGGAGGACGACAGCUUCUACCAGCUGCCCAACUUCCUGGACUCUAUAGCCAAUGUCCUUAUUCACCUGGACAAGAUUCCAGAGGUCUAUACACCACUGCUGGAGCGCCUGCUCGUGGUGCAGAUCGACCACUUCCCUCAGUACAGCGAGAGAAUGCAGAGGACUUGUUGCAGGUCCAUUCUGAAGGUGUUGGUGGCCAUGGCUUCUAAAGGACCUGUUCUGUGGAGUUUCAUUAGCUCUGUUGUGCACCAGGGCUUGAUUCGUGUCUGUUCAAAACCCAUCAUGCUUCCUGAGGACACUGGAAACGGUCCCUCCGAGGCUUCCCAAGUCCGUACUGGAAACUGGAAAGUUCCGUCCAGUCAGAACUACCUGGCCCUGUAUAAGCAGCUUUUAGACUGUGACCAGUUGAAGGAUUCAGGAUUUCUGGAUGGAGCUUUUGAAAGUCAGAAUGCAGCUCUUGGCGCUUUGAGCCGUCUGCUGUAUGAUGAGUUGGUGAAAUCACUUCUUCGUAUUGUGGAGAAAUUGGACUUGUCGGUGCAGAAAAUAGCAACGGGAGAGGAGACUCCAGAUGAUGCAGCUCAUGUCCUGCCGUCCUCCGACCCCACAGCUCAUCUCCUGCCCAAUAAGAUCAAAGACUUCACCGCCUUUAUCAACCUGGUUGACUUCUGCAGUGAGUUGUUGCAGACUAAACACGUGGAGUACUUUCAGUCUUGGAUGUAUCCCCUUAGCCAUGAGCUUAUCCUCCACUCCAUUCGAAAUCCACUCGUCAGCGGCUUCUACAAGCUGCUGUCCGUCACCAUGAAAAUUGCCAAGAGAAUCAAGUACUAUCAGGGAGUUGGUCUGAGAAGCUCUUCAUCUCCCCAGAGCGACACGGUGAAAAGUGCUUGUUUUGCGCUCUUCUCCAAGUUUGGAAAGGAGGUGUGUGUCAGAAUGAAGCAGUACAAAGAUGAGCUGCUGGCGUCCUGCUUGACAUUUGUCCUCUCGCUGCACCACAACAUCAUAGCUCUGGACAUCAAGGCCUACAGUCCUGCUCUGGAGACGGCUCUGAAGUUAGGUCUGAGCCACGUUCCUUUGGCCAACGCAGCCCUAAAUGCUCUUGAGGACUGGUCCUCCCACAUCCCUCUGGAGAUGAUGCAGCCCUGCUACACCAACAUCCUGCCCCUCCUGGAUGGAUACCUGAAAACCACCUCCAACGACAACCAAGAUGAGAACAACUGGGAGGUGAUGUCUUCUUUGUCUUCAAGAAGCGACAAAGGGUACAGCAGAGUGAUGACAAGGCUCCUGAAGAAAUCCAACCAGCUGCCUAUGGAUGAUGCUCCUCUUGUCACGGUUAGGCUCAGAGUGGUGAAGCUGCUCGGUCACCUGGGAGGAAAGCUGAACAGAAACCUCGUGACUGUGGUUUCAUCAGAGGAAAUGAUGAAGAAAUUUGUCGCCUGGGAUUCUGAGAAAAGGCUCAGCUUUGCAGUGCCGUUCAAGGAUAUGAAGCCAGUCAUCUUCCUUGAUCCUUUUCUGCCUCGCAUCAGUGAACUGGCUCUGUCCACAAGUGAUAGACAAACCAAAGUAGCAGCUUGUGAGCUGCUCCACAGCCUGGUGAUCUACAUGGUUGGGAAGAGCGCUCAGAUGGUUGAAGGGGAGAAUAGUUUGCCACCAAUGUACAAGCUGCACAAAAGACUGUUUCCUGUGCUACUGCGUCUGGCCUGUGAUGUCGAUCAGGUGACCAGACAGCUCUUUGAACCGCUGGUUAUGCAGCUGAUUCACUGGUUCACAAACAACAAGAAGUUCGAGAGCCAAGAUACAGUAGCUGUUCUAGAGGCCAUUCUGGAUGGCGUGGUUGACCCGAUGGACAGCACUCUCAGAGACUUCUGUGGUCGCUGCAUCGAGGAGUUUGUGAAAUGGUCAAUCAAACAAACCACCCCCAAGCAGCAGGAGAAGAGCCCCACUAACAUGAAGUCCUUGUUUAAGCGUAUCUACAGCUUGGCUCUCCACCCCAACGGGUUCAAAAGGCUUGGUGCCGCCUUAGCGUUCAAUAGUAUCUACAGACAGUUCAGGGAGGAAAAUUCCUUAGUGGAACAGUUUGUCUUUGAAAUUCUCGUCAUAUUUGUUGAAAGUCUGGCUCUUGCACAUGCCGAUGAGCGAUCUAUGGGUACGUUGCAGCAGUGUGGCAGUGCCAUUGACCAUCUGAAAAGAAUAAUCAAAUACAAGGCUCCCAGUCUCAAUCAACACAACGCUAAAAGACGCAUCCCGAGGGGCUUUUCCCCUGAUGAGAAGCUGUGCCUGUCAGAUGUGGUUUUAUGGCUUCUGGAACAAUGUGGCCGACCGCAGACUGAGUGUCGCCACAAAUGCAUGGAGCUCUUCUAUGAAUUUAUUCCUCUCCUACCAGGAAAGAAAUCUCCACCUCAGUGGUUGGAUGGCAUGCUGAAGGAUCAUGGCACAGAUUUCCUGAUCUCGCGGUUUGAGGGUGGAGGUCUUCUUUCCCAGCCCACCCUCCGGGACCUGACGGGCCCUUUUAGUGUCCGAGCCACGCUGCAGUGGAUGGACCUGCUGCUGGCUGUUCUGGACUGCUACAACACCUUCAUCGGCUUACACAUCAUACAGCCUCAGUACAUUCUCAGCUCCAAAGACAAAUCAAGCUUCCUGAAAGCUCUGCAUUUCUUUUUGACUGAGCUGGCAACUCAUGAACUGGGAGCAGCAGAGAGCUGUUUCUCUCUGGGUGAAAGGACGUCUCACUUCAGCCCAAGAGAGGUGGACCAGUACAACUACAGCAAGUGCACCAUCAUCGUGCGCCUGCUGGAGUUUGCCUCAAUGAUUCUUGUCAAAGGAGACCAGGAGUUUUGGAAGCAUCUGGAGCAAGAUAUUCUGUGCUCAGUGUUUUUUGAGCUGACUGCGACGGUGGUGUGUGAGCCGUCCGCUGUAGGCUUCAACAUGGCAGAUGUGGAGGUCAUGAAGAACCUACCAGAAGUUUGCGUCCCUUUACUCAAGGCGCUGCUGGCCUCACCUUACCGCAGCAAACUUGAAAGCAGCUUGAAGAUAAAAAUCUCACGCAAAAGUGUAGAGGAGUUGUGUGCCGUAGACCUUUACCAUUCCAGCACUCUCAGCCGCCAUGACCAGAUGGAAAUGGUUCUGUCUUCCUGUAAGCAGAUUCACAAAGCUGGCUUCCUCAGCUCCAUUCUGCACAGCCAGGAUUCAACAUAUGCCACAUCCCUUGGGUCCAAACUUCUAAUGACAGUGUACAAAGGCAUAGCACCAGGUGAAGACAGGAAGGCACUUCCAUCAUUGGACGUAAACACCAGGAGGGUGGCAGAUGGCCUCCUUCAGCUUGCCUUUUCCCUCAGUCAACAGAGUGAGCAGCUGGUGGAUUUGCUGUUGAACACCAUCAUGCUCUCCGUGCCCGUAUCUGGAAGCCACAGCCACAACUUCCUGAGCUUCUCGCAUGGCGAAUACUUCUACAGCCUCUUCCAGACAACCAUCAACACCGAGCUGCUGAGAAGCCUGAACAGCACAGUGCCACGCCUCAUGAAAGCCUCCUCUCAAAAUCCCAGCAUGGUGAGUGUGUUGCUGAAUGGCAUGCUGGACCACAGCUUCAGAGAGCGCUCUGUGAGGAAGACUCAGGGGAAACAGCUGGUUGAAGAAGUGUUAAGAAGAUGGAUGAGUCUGCAGUCAUGGUGGGAAGGAAAUUCUUCCACUCCAGACAGCAAAACUGCCACUCUUCUGCUGCUCUCCAAGCUCCUACAGAUUGAUUCCUCUGUCUGCUCUGAUAUCAACCAUGAAGCAUUCAGACCAGUGUUUUCCACUUUCACUAUGCUGCUGGUGGACAUGAGUCUGCCUUUAAAUCUGAAGAGCCAGGCCUUGUUGGUGUUGCCCUUCUUCACAACUCUCCAAAAGGAGCCACUAGCUGAGCUGCAGAAAGCCCUAGACACUCUGGUAGCUUCUCACUUCCCCAUGCAGUCCGAUGAGUUUUCCAAAGGCUCCCUUAACCGCAACAACUACAUGGACUGUGUCCGUAAGUUGCUGGAUGCCCUAGAACUUUCUCAGAGUCCACUCCUGCUCAGGCUGCUGGCAUUGAUUCUGUGUCGAGACAAAAAACACAUCAUGGAAGAGCAAUUCCAAACCUGUUUCCAAAGAAUUGCAAAGCGGUCAAACAGUGAGCGGCAGCAGCAGCUGCUGUGUACAGUAUAUGGGGUGAUUCAGCAAGGUGACGUUCCGAUGAGCUCCAUGCUGCAGGCCAUGAUGGAGAGAGUUCUGCUGCCUCUGGCCUCCCACUGCAGCACCAAGGCCCUGAAUGACUUCUUUGUGACAAACAUCUGUGACAUAAUUGCUUUCCUGCUCAGUCGCUUCACCAAGUCAAGUGAAUCGGCGUUUGAGAUCCAGCUGCUGAAGAAAAAUGGCUGCUACAAACUGAUGGAGCUCCUGUAUUCACGACUUCCCAAAGAAGAGGUUUACUCGAAGCAGUCCCGCAUUAACCAAGCCUACUGUCGUACUGAGAAAACCGAAGGAAAUGAGAUGUCCAAGACCUUGAUCAAGUCGUGUUUUGAAGCCUUCACUGAGAACAUGGCUGGUGAGACUCAGCUCCUUGAGAUCAGGAGACAGUUUCACUGUUCUGCAUACAACUGUGCCAUCGCUGUAAUCAGCUGCGGCUUCAACGAGCCCAAAUUCUACCAUGGCUUCCUCUUCAGUGAGAAACCAGAGAAGAAUCAGUUCAUCCUUGAAAACAUCGUUGAUGCUGAAAGGACCUACAACUUUCCAAUUGAAAUUGAGGUGCCCCUUGAGAGAAAGAAGAAAUAUGUCAUGAUUCGAAAAGAAGUGAGCGAGGAGAAUGGAGAAGCGCCAGUGUAUCUGUCCUCCCAGUCUUACAUGGCCGACAGUAGCCUGAGCGAAGAGAUGAGUCAGUUUGACUUCUCCACUGGAGUCCAAAGCUUUUCCUUCAGCUCCCAAAACCCAGAGGGACAAAAACGCACUGUUGUGAAAAGAGAGACAGAAGAGACAAAUCCCUCCCAUGAUGCAAUGGUGGAUCUAGAAAUGGAUGAGCUAAACCAGCAUGAAUGCAUGGCGGCCAUGACGGCUCUGAUUGGACACAUGCAGAGGAACAACAUAACCCCCAAAGUAGAACAGGGAAAUGUGCCCACUGAGCUUCCACCAUGGAUGAAAUUUCUACAUGGGAAACUGACAAAUCCAGCAACACCUCUGAAUAUUAGACUGUUCAUUUCAAAGCUGAUCAUCAACACUGAGGAGGUUUUUCGGCCGUAUGCCAAGCACUGGCUCGGGCCGCUUCUACAGCUCGUUGUCUCUGGAAACAAUGGAGGAGAGGGGAUCCAUUUUAUGGUGGUGGAUGUUGUGGUUACAGUGCUGUCUUGGACAAGCCUGGCCAGCCCCAAGGGUAACCCCAGAGAUGAAGUCCUCGCCAACCGGCUGUUAGAGUUCCUGAUGAAGCACAGCUUUCACUCCAAGAGGCCCGUUUUCCGCCACAACCUGGAGAUCAUUCGCACCCUGGUAGAGUGCUGGAAAGACUGUCUGCAUGUGCCUUACAGUCUGAUUUACGAGCGAUUUUGUGGCACCGACCCCAACAGCAAAGACAACUCUGUUGGGCUUCAGCUGCUCGGAAUCAUCCUCGCCAACAACCUCCCUGCUUAUGACGCUACAUGUGGCAUUGAAUAUGACAGGUACAUCCAGUCCCUCACCAACAGCGUGUCAUUUGUAAGGUACAAAGACGUCUAUUCAGCUGCUGCUGAAGUUAUCGGCCUUGUCCUGAAGAGUACAACUGAAAUGGGCGCUCAACAUCAAGAAUUUCUCAGUCUUGCUACAACCAAGAUAACAAAUCUGAAGAAGAAAGAGCUGGAUGACAAGUUCAUUAUAUGCUUGAACAAAGUGUCAAAGCACUUUCCUCCAUUUAUGGAUCGGUUUGUCAACCAUGUGUUCUUCCUGCUGCCAAAGCUGCACGGCAUCUUAAAGACUAAUUGUUUGGAGUGUGUGCUGAGCCGUGCUGAUGUCAUUCCAGACAUUUUUCUGCAGCUGAAGACCACAGGCUUUGUUCAGAUGAUGGGCCAUAGGGAUGAAGCCAGACAGAGAGUGUGUCUUGAUAUCAUCCACAAGAUUAUCGCCCUCCUGACUCCAGUUGAGCUUCAGGAGCUGCUGGGAGCUGUGACAGCCUUCGUGUCUCAUCCUUCACCGGUUUGCAGAGAGCGGAUGUACGACAUCCUCAUGUGGAUCCUGGACAACUAUGGUGAUGAGGAGAGCAUGGCAGACAACUCCUCACUGGAGGUUUUGAAUGCAGCUAAAGAAGCGCUGCUUCAGGGAUUGUCGGAGGAAAAUCAAGGCCUUCAGCUUUAUGUUCGUAACUUCUGGAGUCAGGAGAAGCGCCUCCCCACUGCAACUCUUGAGCGAAUGUUGAUGGUGCUUCGCUCUCUGUACUCCUGUCAAAUAGAAAAGUGCUUUUUAAGCUUAGCCACCAAUCUGUUACUGGAAAUGACCAGCCAGAGUCCUGACUUCAAGCGAAACAUGUUUGAGUAUCCACUGUCAGAGUGCACAUUCCAGGACUACGUGAUUGAUUCCAACUGGCGUUUCAGGAGCACGGUAAUGACUCCCAUGUUUGUUGAAACCCAAAGCUCUCAAGGCCCUGAGAGUGUGGCAGCAUCCCAAGCCGGAUCCAUGAAGGGGAAACUCAGAGCCACUCAGACGACAUUAGAGUUCAGCCAAACGCAAACAGCAGGUCGACGUACGGCAUAUAACUGGCUGACAGGCAGCAGUGUGGAUACGCUGGCAGAAUACACACUUGGCUCCGAGUCCAUGUCGUCUUUGUUGGUGUUUGAUAAGAAAGAGCGGCAAACUGCAGCCAGGAGACCAGUGGGAGAAGGCUUUGGCCUGAGGCGCCUGACCGCAUCUACAGAUGAGGUGGACAGCCGGACUCGAGCAGAAAAUGAGCGACGCAGUAACAUCCUCAGACUGAGACGCAGAUUUCUCAAGGAUCAGGAGAAAGUCAGCUUGCAGUUUGCACAAAAAGAGAUCCAACUACAAAGGCAGCAAAAGGAAGAAAAGGCUGAUCAAAGGCUGAGAAGAGAGGCUCAGGUGACUCUGUAUCGCAACUACAGAGUGGGAGACUUUCCAGACAUUCAGAUCCCAUAUAGCAGCCUCAUUGCUCCCCUUCAAGCAUUAGCACAUCGGGAUCCCAUUUUAGCCAAACAGCUGUUCAGCUCCCUUUUUGGUGGGAUCCUCCAAGAAAUGGAAAAACUACAGAAGCCAGAGGAGAGUGGGAAGAUUAAAGAGGAGCUUCGGCACAACUUUAAUAUGUUCCUGAACAAGAGUACAAUCUGCUUCCCGCCGUUUAUCGCAUGUGUGCAGGAUAUGUGCUACCAGCAUCAGGAGCUGCAGCAGAUCAGUCCAGCAGCCAUCAGCUCCACUUGCCUGAUGAGCCUCCAGCAGCCGUCGGGCAUCCUGCUGCUGGAAGAAGGCCUGCUGCAUGCCAGUGACCCAGAGGAACGUCCGGCCAAGCGGUCACGAGGACGCAAAGAGAUCCCUCCAGACACCAAUAAAUGGAUCCACCUUGCAAGGCUUUACAGAUCUUUGGAGGAUUAUGAUGUUGUGCGUGGCAUCUUUGGUGGAAAAGUCGGGACCAAGUCCAUCACCUGCACUGCUCUUCAGGCUGAAGCCAGCACCGACUUUGCAGAAGCUGUGAAGCUUUACAAUGAGGCUCUGAACACUGAGAGCUGGCCUGAUGGUGAACCCACUGAUUCGGAAAAGGACUUCUGGGAAAUUGCAGCUAUGGAAGCCUACAACCAUCUGACAGAGUGGAAGUCUCUGCAGUACUGUUCCACUGUGUACAUCGAUGAAAACUCCCCACCCAACCUGGAGAAGAUGUGGUCAGAGCCUCUCUACCAGGACAUGUACCUGCAGCACAUGAUCCGCAGCAUGUUGAAGCAGCUGCAACUUGGUGAGAGGGACCAAACCCUCCUCAGCUUCAUCGACAAAGCCAUGAUGGUGGAGGAGCGCAAAAAGCUGCUGGAGAGUCGCUACAGCCAGGAGCUCAGCUUGCUCUACAUCCUGCAGGAGGACUACGACCGCGCCAAAUACUACACCAACUACGCCAUGCAGCUCUUUAUGGAGAGUUACUCCAGUGUGGACACGCUGCUGACUCAAAGUCGGUUGACCAUUCUGCAGUCAGUGCAGGCCUUAACUGAGAUCCAGGACUUCCUGUUCUUCAUAAAAGGAGAGGUCUCUUUGAGCUCCGUCAAACGCCUCAUCAGAUUGUGGACUGAGCGGUACCCUGAUGCUAAAGUGGAUCCAGUGAACGUAUGGGAUGACAUCAUUACAUCUCGAUGUUUCUUUUUGGACAAGAUCCGGGAGAAACUAAGAGUUAACGCUCCCAGUGACAGUAUGGAGGUGGAGGGUUCAGAAGGCCCAGCAGGUGACAUCGAGACGUUAGUAAAUGAAUGCAAGUUCAGCAUGAAGGUGCACAUGGCCGACAGCGCAUGGAAGCAGAAUAACUUUCCUGUUGCCACCAAGCUGUUAAAGGAACUUCACAAAGAGGCCAAAACGAACAGAGGCUGGUUGCUGCGGUGGGUCCACAGUUUUACCAGCUACACCCACAAACGCAGCCAGACCCAUGGCCCUGUGGAGCAGAUCAGCACGGUGCUGAAGACUGUCCCACUCCUGGAGGACAUUCAGGCCGACUGUCAGAGUGCCACAGCUAAAGUCUUCAGAUACCAAAAAAUACUUCAGGGUACAUCUUUCCACAUGUUGGCCACAGCUGUAAGCAGAAGCCCCUCAGUCCUGGGAACUGUUGACGCUGAGAAAGCAGAGAGAGUUGUUAAACUCUCUGGAGCUGCUUGGCCCAAUAAAAAUCCAAAGGAGGUGGAAGUGGGUUUGCACCUCCAAGCGUUAAAGUUGCUGUGUGAAGGAACCAGAAAGGCCGAUGAGGAGCUUCAGUCUUACACUCAGGACUGUGUGGAGACCAGCAGCAUCGUAGAGACGUACAUGGCUUUGGCUAACUUCUGUGAUAAACGGCUACGAGAGGAGGAGCAGAACGAUACUGAAAGCCAGUUCCCAGACUUCCUGGUGCUGCCUGUUCAUGUGGUGGAGAGCAUGUUGAAAGCACUCAAGAUGAACUCUGAGGAGGCUCGACUCAAGUUCCCACGUCUGCUCCAGAUCAUUGAGUUGUACCCGUCCGAGACGCUGGACCUCAUGACUAAAGAGAUGAUGUCAGUUCCCUGCUGGAUGCUGAUCAGCUGGAUCAGUCAAAUGGUUGCCCUGCUGGACAAGCCGGAGGCGGUGGCGGUGCAGCACUGCGUUGGGCAGAUAGCAGAGUGCUACCCUCAGGCACUGGUUUACGCUCUCAUGAUCAGCAGCGAGAGUUACCAGUUCGAGGACUCUGUUACAGGACACCAGCAGCAGGAGUUUGUCAACAGGCUCAUGAGCAUGCUGGAUCAGGGAGGAGCUGUGAAGAACUUUGUGGACGCACUGCAGCAGCUCACAAACCCUGACAUGAUUUUUAAGGAUUGGUGGGAUGGUGUGAAGAGUGAGCUGGAAAAACCAAGUUUUGACAAGAAGCAGAUGGGCAACAUGUACAACGAGAUGCACUCUUCACUCGCGGAUCGUAGCGCCAAAGGCCACGGAAUGUUUCGCAAGAAGUUCAUUCAAAAAUUUUCUAAAGAUGUGGAGAAACUGCUGGGAACUAAUGGUAGCAAGCUGUUUGAGAAGAGGAAAGACAAAAGCUUUGUGCGGCGGGUGGAUGAUCUGGCAGCAUCCAUGCGUGGAUUUCAGAAGGAACCGGGGAACCUGAAGGAAUACUCUCCCUGGCUGAGCGGAUUUAAAGCAGACGCAUUCAGCAAUGAGCUGGAGAUCCCAGGACAGUAUGACGGCAGAUCUAAACCACUACCAGAGUAUCAUGCAAAGAUAACUGGCUUUGAUGAAAGGGUAAAGGUGAUGUCUUCCAUUCGUCGUCCCAAGCGUCUAAUCAUCCGUGGAGACGAUGAGCGGGACCAUCCGUUUCUGGUGAAGGGUGGGGAGGACCUCCGCCAGGACCAGCGCAUUGAGCAGCUGUUUGGUGUCAUGAACAUUCUGCUGAGCCACGACACGUCCUGCACACACAGAGGACUGCAGCUCCGCACCUAUCAAGUCAUUCCAAUCAGCACCAGAAUUGGUCUAAUUGAAUGGAUGGAAAAUACCUGCACUCUGAAAGAAUUCCUGUACAACACAAUGAGUGACGAGGAACAGCAAAAGGCAGUGAGGUCUCCUGAUGUCUACAACAAAUGGCUCUCAACCUUUGGUCCGAAACAGGACACCCCUUGUAUCGCACUGUAUGCCUGGGCUUAUAAGAAAGCAAAACGUGCUGAUACGGUCAACAACUUCAUAAGAGUGAUGCAGCAAGUGCCCAGUGAUCUGCUGAAGAGAGCUUUUCUGAAGAUGUGCAACGGCCCCGAGGCCUUCCUGUCUUUGCGAUCCCACUUCAUCAGCUCUCAUGCUCUGCUUUGUGUGAGCCACUGGAUUCUCGGCAUCGGAGACCGCCAUCUGUCCAACUUCAUGAUCAACAUGGAAACAGGAGGCAUGGUCGGCAUCGACUUUGGUCAUGCAUUUGGUUCAGCCACACAGUUCCUCCCUGUACCUGAGCUCAUGCCUUUCCGGCUGACCCGGCAGUUUGUGAAUUUAAUGCAGCCGCUGAAGGAGUCCGGUUUAAUCCAGAGCAUCAUGGUUCACUCUCUGCGAGCCUACAGGGCCGAGCCGGACCUUCUGCUGAACACCAUGGACGUGUUCGUCAAGGAGCCCUCGCUGGACUGGAAGAACUUUGAGAUGAAACAGAUGAAGAAAGGAGGCACGUGGACUGAGAGCGUCAACACCAAAGAAAUCAACUGGUAUCCUUUACAGAAGGUGAACUUUGCCAGAAGAAAGCUAGAAGGAGCAAAUCCAGCUGCCAUAACCAGUGAGGAGCUGAAGCUGGGCUUUGAGAAGGACGGAGCCUUCGCAGGGAUGCAGGCUGUGGCUUUGGGGACUGAAGAGCACAACAUCAGAGCGAAGCUUCCAGCGGCAGGUCUGUCAGUGGAGAAGCAGGUGGACUGUCUGCUUGACCAAGCCAUGGACCCAAAUGUUCUUGGUAGAGUUUGGGUGGGAUGGGAACCGUGGAUCUGAUCCUUUUAUAUGUGAAGUUUUUCUACAUAUUCGCAGUAAUUGGUAAAUUAGGAAAAAUGUGAAGGAAAGAAAGCAUGUUUCUAACGUUUUAUGGUCUUAAAGUUCCAGUAAUGUCAAAUGUUGUUUUUUUUUUUUUUUUUCACCUGUUGCCUCCAGCUUUGUGCUAUCUGGUGCAUACGGUUCACUCUUUUGUAGCUUUAGAUAAAUAUUCAUGUUAGGUAAUGCUGUCUAAAGAGGUUGGUAUAGUUAUGAAGUCUCUGAAAAUGUUUCAUGAGUGUUUAAUAAAUAAAAUAAAAAUAAAUAAAUAAAAUGUUA